GUAAAUGCCAAUACUAAGCGUAUGUACUUUUACAUUCUGCAAAAUUAAAAUGCAUGACUUUCCUCACUAAAAUAUCCGCGUACUUUCACAGUUGCAGAUAAUCAUCUCCGGCGUGCCGUCAGGAGCACAACUGUCGUGUUUUGAUGACGUCAUCCCUGGGACUUUCCGGAUACGUCAUUCGGGGCUUCUGAGUUAUUAAGCUAGCUCUCCCUCUGUGUCCAUGUCGUUUGACACUUUAAACGUCGCCUCAUUGCUCUAGACUACACAUCAAAAGACGCCAUGAAAACGCCAAAGGCCCCCAACGGCGCCGAGAGGUCUGAAUAUUGAGACGUCGGUGUCGGGAGCGACGGUCAGACACAGAGACGGAAUGUCAACAACGCUGCCCCUCCUCGGAAUGAGGCGAGUCGCCGAGCUAACGUGCGCCGAGCAGCCGGCCAGCAGGCUCCCUGCUGCCGCCGGGAGGCAGCAGCUGGAGGACCCCACCGUGGACGAGUUUACGGUGCUGGAGGAGAAGGAAACCGAGCUGAAAUGCGCGAGGCCUCGAAUGGAGCAGGUUUUCAAUGUAACGUUCACCAUUAUCGGUCUGCUGGACCACACGGGACCGCCGCACGGCGGCAACACGUCGCGGCAGAUAUGGCUGCAGCUCCGAGGGAACAGAGACGACGUGUCAAGGGCGAAGGAAUAUGUUCGAGGACUCUGUGACCCAGAGCUGCAGAAAGAAGAGCGGUACCCAGCGGACAUGCACUGUAUCUUUGCCGGUGCCCGGGGCCUCUUCCUGGACAGACUCGUACGCGACACGAGUGCCGAAGUGCUGGUGCCUGAGCCGGGCCGCCUGCGGUUGUUGGGCCGGGCUGAAUCCGUAGUGAUGGCCCAGAGCAGAGUUCAGCAGUUUGUAGCGCUGUUCCAGGCAAAGCGAAGUCUGCCUAGUGACCGAGAGCCCACAGUGAAGCGAGCGUUCAAGUCCUUUGUGGAGGAAAGGGACGACAAGUACACGAUGGAGCUCCUCCUGCUGCCCAGUGCCCUGAAGGAAGAGUUACUGGGACUGGCUCACAGCCCCACGACAACAAACACAUCCUCCCUGACGCUGCAUCCCAGCACGGCAGAGGUCGACCAGGACCGCUCGCAGAGCAGCACCCCCGUGACGGAGCUCUCCAACCGCAUCCUGGGCACCAGCUUUGAGGAGAAGGGGAGCGCCGCGGCAGGCGGGGCGACGGACUCGGGUCCCGACGCCGUCCUGCUGCUCAACGGCAUUCGGCCAUCGCACAAGCGGCGCUCGUCCGGGAGCGAGACCCGCGACACAAAGAGACAGUACUCCCUCGAGCGGAGGGACGAGUCGCCGGAGAGAGCGCGAGAGAGGACCAGGGUGGGCCGGGGAGGCAGCAGCAGCAGCUGCAGACCCAAAACCCCCUCGUCUUCAUCCUCCCUCUCCUUCUCCUCUUCCUCGGGAAAAGCAAACACUGUAGACGGCGCGAUCAUGUUGGACUCCAGUGACGGAGUCCUGGAUGACGGGGAGGCAGUAAGCCCAGAAACCAACCUCCGCUGCUUGGUCAACUUCUUCAGAACCAUGGGUUACCAGCAGGAAGUGGUGGAGCGCGUCGUCAAGGAAACGGGACAGACAGAAGACACCUUCCUCAUUCUGGAGAAAAUUGUUAAUGAGACCAAACGCUGUGAAGAGGAGUCAAACGGGGGAAAUGAAAGACGAUUGAACGCUGUGCGCUCUACGGACACUCCCUCCUCCUCCUCCUCUUCCUCUUCAUCAACAUCAUCCUCCACCUCCUCCUCCUCCGCUAUGGUCUCUCGAUUCAGAGAGCUGAGCAGAGCGUUGGUCGACCAGGGCAGGUCUAAAGAGAACAUUAAGCCCAACCAGCAUGGAGGCAGUAGUAACGGUCCGGGCCACCGGAGGCAGUGCAGCGGCAGUGAGACCAGCACUCAGCAGGCCGUCACUAUCAAGAGGAGCUCCAGUGCUCAAGGAGGAGCGGGAAACUACGACAUUAUUACCAUCGACGACGACGAAGACGCCGUCCUCAGCAACGGCAGAACGGCGGACACUCGGACAUCCCGGAUGAUGACGGUACCACCCCUGGACCCCCGGUCCGGAUCCAUAACGGACUACUUGGCGCGGGGAGGGAGCGGCGUCCCACAGAGGGACUUCCUGUCAAGGGGUGGCACUCAGACUUUGGGGGGAGCGGUGAAAGUUGAGACCGUGACGGCGCUGCGCAGCACGCCGCAGUGGCUGGCGGCCACCACCAGCUCCUUGACGUCGACCCCCAGCUCCGCUGAGCCCAUCCCCCGGCCCUCGCCCUAUCAGACCUUUGGCCACCCGGGGUUCCAUGGCGUCGCAGCCAGGACUCCUCCUGCCAACGACCCCCCGGCUCCCCCGGUCACUGGUUUCGCUCGUUUCCAUCAGUCGCUGCGGACCCCCUACACGCUGAAGUUGCCCAAUGACCCGGGACGCCAGGAGCUCAGGCACAUCAUCAUCGACGGCAGCAACGUGGCCAUGGCUCACGGCCUUCAUCAGUUCUUCUCCUGUCGAGGCAUAGCGCUGGCUGUGGAGACCUUUUGGAGGCGCGGUCACCGGGAGAUCACAGUCUUUGUCCCCCAGUGGCGCCAGAAAAGAGACCGGUUCACAACAGAGCAACAUUUUCUCAACCAGCUGGAGGACCUGAGACUGCUCUCCUUCACCCCCUCCAGAGAGGUGUGUGGCCAGAGGAUCUGUUCACAUGACGACAGGUUCCUGCUCCACCUCGCAGAAAAAACAGAUGGGGUCAUCGUAACCAACGACAACCUGAGGGACUUUGUGGACACCUCGGACACCUGGCGCAAGAUAAUUCAACGGAGGUUGCUUCAGUUUACUUUCGUGGAGGACCACUUCAUGAUCCCCGAUGACCCUCUGGGGAAGAAGGGACCUCACCUGGACAUCUUCCUGCGCCGAGACGACAGGAGGGCCCCGGUCACCCCUCCCCCACUGAGACCCCCAGACCUCCGGCUCUCCUCCCAGCAGCAGCCAGUUUACGCCCAGGCCCUCCAGUCCGCCCCUCGGCUCCUGGCCCCCACGCCUUGGCCCCCUCCCUCCCUGUUCCCCCACCCCAGUGUGCACUGGUCCCACUCCGGUCCCCCCGAAUGGCACCCGCCCCGCCGCUCCCCUUCCCCCUCGCCCCCACCACAGCGGGCCCCGGGCGAGACCUCGGAGCUGAAGAGAAAGCUGUACGACAUCUUCCCCGACCAGAAGCAGCGGAUCGACCACAUCCUCAGCGACAACCCGUACAUGAGAGACCUGAACGCCCUGUCGGGGCUGCUGCUGGGAUAACGAUCGGCACACACACACACACACACACACACACACACGCAGUACAUUGCAGCACAUAUGCAAGAAUCCAUACGUGUCGGCACAAACAUAAUUUAUUUCCCCCAAAAAUCAAUCCCCUCAAGACUGAUUUUUCAAAUAUGCUGCUACUGGCCGAUGUUCUUCUCGCUCUGCAUUUGAUUUACGGAGACGACGCAACCAAAAUAAAAGCCGACAGCCCAGUUUGUCAAGCACCAAGUCUUCUUCGUUCCGAUGAGUCAUUGCCCAUCCUCCGCAACAGUCCGGAGGUUCCUUGGCUGUGGAACCAGCACUGGGACCAACGACCGUGAACUGGUGACACCGGGUCAAGCUCAGUACUUGACGGGUUUCCUCUCCAGAACCUCGUUUACCGCCAGACUCCAACCAUUCUCAAUGAACCGGCUCUGAGCUUCUUAUGUACACAAAUUGGGACAGUCAGGUUUUCAACGUAUUAGUUUCUACCCGUGUUCUGUAGCAGUGAUCUCACAGCUUUCAGUCAACAGCGCCGCUGUUUCUUUUCUUUUUUUGGAAGUGUUUUCCUCGGAAGCAUGACGAUGAGAGGAGAUUACCAGCUGUGGCGUCACACAAAUCACCACUAGAGACAGUUAAUGUUGGACAAAAAAUUCCCCGAAAGUCAGAGUUGGAUGUUGGACCCAACUUUCCACAUUAUGGAAGAACGUCUCUGCGUUGUUUUAAGCUUUAUAGAUGGGCAGUUCUGACAGACAGGUCCUCUGUUAUACACGAUGUAUAACUACUCGUACUAAAGCCGCCCAUCUCUAUGCCUUAGCCCUCACUCUGGCCUCCACGCCUCAAAAGAUUACCCAACGGAAGCCCAUUCUUGAACAAAUGUCAAAAAGGAUAACGGCUAACUCAUGAACGCCGUCGUACCGUCCUUGUGUCCAGGAUGAGUCGUCCAGGAGGUUUUCCGAUAGAAGUGUCAUUGUUCCGCAGAAGUUCAGUUCGGGGGCGUUGGACCACACCACGAGACUUUGGAUUCAUCCGUUCAGCUAAAUCCACUUUUAAUUUGAAACUGCACACGUACGUGUGCUCGCCAGAAUAAAAUCUUGCAAAGAUGACAUAUUUACCAUGUUGCAUUUGUAAUUAGUGUUUAAAUAGCUUAAUUGAAUGCACUGAAGGCAAGUAACUGUCGUGAAAUGAGGUUUCAUCGAUAAAUCGUCGGGUCUUGUGGUUUUGUUUUCUUCUUUUCCCUCAUGCACCCAGAGCAUACAGGCCGCCGCAUCUGAGUUUUGUAAUAUAAACACAUUUCAUCUCCUUGUAAGGAGAAGAAUCUGCACAAAUCUUUUACAAGGCGUCUCAAAGUAAGUUCUGUUUGUACUUGCCAUGUUGUGAGGAUAACUGAAGGAGUUCUCUUUUUGUAUUAUAGUUGUUGUGUAUAUCAAUCUCUGUUCUCUUUUGUAAAUACAUGCAUUUUUGGCUACGUUGCACAUAUGGUCUUGUGUAUGUGGGGGGCAAAAGAAAUAAAUACGGCAGUUCCCAUAAAACAA